ACGAAGGAAUUUUACCGGUUGACAGGUUCAUACCUCUCCCAUUUCUAAAUCACUUUACUUAUAGGUACUUUGAAGUUAUGGAAAAAGCUAGGAAAUACUGGGAUAAGGAUAAUGCUAUUGAAGAUCCAAUACAUAUUCCUAAAAAUUUAAACCCUGCUUAA